UUCAAAAACCCUAAGGAGUUGCAUAAAGCACUAUAUAUAUAUAUAUACAUUUCUUAAACCCUAACAUCCAUUUCUCUCAAUUCAAUUUCUCUUCCUCUUUUUUCCCUUACCUCUUCUCGUCGGUACCUGCAAAUGGACUCACCAAUGGAGUUUUGGGGUGUUGAGGUUAAGGUUGGGCAAAAUGUGAAGGUUGAUCCCAUGGAUCCAGUGAGUGCGUACAUACACAUUUCUCAGGUUGCCCUUGGAGAGACGAAAAAGGAAAAGGCAAAUGAACCUGUGGUUGUGUAUUUGAAAGUUGGUGACCAGAAGAUUGUUUUGGGAACCCUUAAAAGGGAUGAUAUCCCUCACCUUUCGUUGGAUUUGGUUCUCGACUCUGAUUCUGAGCUUUCGCACUCUUCGAAAAGUGCCAGUGUAUUUUUUUGUGGAUACAAAGUUCUGACAGACGAUGGUGACAUUUCUGACUUUUCUGGGAAGCCUGUAACAAAAGCUGAAGGAGCAAAGGUUACCAAGCCCUCUAAACCAGCUUCCGUGAAAGGUGAAUCUGUAAAACAAAUAAAGACGGUUGAUCCGAAGAAAGAGGAUGAUUCUGAUUCCGACGAAUCUGAUGAUGAGCUUGCUGGUAAUGAUGAAUCUGAUUCUGACGAGACGGAUGAUGACAACGAGACUGAUGAGGAGAGUGAAAGUGAGGAAGAGACCCCUGAGAAGAAGGGAAAGAAGAGACAAAAUGAGUCUGCCUCAAAAACUCCAAUCUCUUCCAAGAAAGCUAAAACUGCUACUCCUGAGAAGACUGAUGUUAAAAAGAGUGUACAUGUAGCAACUCCCUAUCCUAUGAAGAAAGGUGGAAAGACUCCCAAAAACGCCACAAAAGGGCAAUCUCCCACGUCUGCUGGACAACUAUCUUGCGGAUCUUGUAAAAAGAAUUUUGCCAACGAAGAUGGGUUGCAACAACAUAAGAAGGCCAAGCAUGGUGGUCAGUGAUAUUGCAUUUUAGCGUACUUAUGUAGUAAUUUUCCCUUGUAUUACUGUGAGUAGUUUCAGUUCGUUCGAAUUUUUAUCUCAAGGGCUGGGAAACCUUUGUUUAAAGAUGAACUCAAGGUGUGGAAUUUUCUUUUUGAUAUCGAUGAGGUCUAUAAUGGAUCUGCUCUUUUCAAAUCCUCUUUUUGAUCAUUCUACUCUGUUUUUGUUUGAUGCUA